UUGAAUGAACGAAACAACUUCCGGCUUCUAAACCGCUCAGGCAGCGGCAAUCAUUAAACUCAGCACUGAACUAAUCUGCGCAGCAUUCCACUCAAUUCUAUUUAUUUUAGCGACUUUUAGGGUCUUUUAUUUAGAAGUUAUUUGGGGGGAAACGGUGUAAAAUUCAGUUUGAAUGUCCUGAUUAUGGUGUAAACGGGGCAGUUCAGUGACUCUGACAGAGGCAGGUGUGUGAGAGUGUGUAUGUUGGUCUGCUGGUAUGCUGACGUUAGCCAGUAAGCUGAAGAGGGAGGAGGGCGUGAGGGCCGGCCGGACCCCUGCAGGCUCCAACGAUGCCUCUCAUAGAGUGUCCGUCAGAGAUCGCCUGCUCAUCAAAGAGGUUUCAGAACUUGAGGCUAACCUUCCAAAUACCUGUAAAGUAACGUUUCCUGAUGAAAACAAACUCUAUCACUUCCAGUUGGCCAUUUCACCAGAUGAAGGCUAUUACCUUGGUGGAAAGUUUCAGUUUGAGAUUGAAGUUCCCGAAGCCUAUAAUAUGGUGCCUCCCAGAGUCAAGUGCUUGACUCGAAUAUGGCAUCCAAACAUUGCAGAAACUGGGGAGAUCUGUCUGAGUUUAUUGCGAGAGCAUUCAAUUGAUGGUACUGGAUGGGCACCCACUCGUACUCUAAAGGAUGUAGUAUGGGGUCUGAAUUCACUCUUCACUGAUCUUCUUAACUUUGAUGACCCACUGAAUAUAGAUGCAGCGGAACAUCAUUUACGGGACAAGGAGGAUUUCAGGAACAAAGUUCAGGACUUCAUAAAAAACUAUGCAAGAUGAUGUCUCUGUUGAGCCACACUCAUAUGCAUGUGACUUUGCAGAUGUACGUCGAUCCAGACUGCAACAGAGACAAAAUCUCAAACUAUUAAAACAUACUUGGGGAAAGAAGAAAGUUAAAAUGCGUAAUGAAUGACGCCGCGAGUCCCUGAUCAAGAUUUGGGAGGGGGGAAUGUGGGCCUUACUGUCCAUUUCCGAUGGCUUUUUUUUUUUGGAAGCGGACACUCAUGCAGGUUCUUCUAAAUCAAGUUUGCUUUUACCCCCCAACCCCCCACAAAAAAGAAAAGAAAAAGAAGUACAAAGAUGGUUAUGAAAAUGAGGACCUCUCUGAUGUCACCUCCUAUGCUAGUGCCUCUGUGUUUUUUGCCACAUAUAACUGGACAUACGUUUUAAGCCAACUUCUGCAGCCUGCUUCUUCUCAAAUCUUGACAACCUACAAACACUGAGAUUAAUUUGUUCAUAAGUGAUGUCAUAGAAAUCCCAAAGUUCCAUUGGUUCAUUCGCUCUGGGGAAGGAGUCCACCAAUGAGGAAUCGCAAAAACAUAGAGCACUAAUGUCCCGCAGAAUACGUGGGUGGGUUUCCGAGCGGAUUCUGUGAAGCCAUUUCUUGUAACUCGGCACCUCUCUUCAUGUAAAAUCACUGCAGUUAUCAGACUACUCCGUAUCACAUGUGCACACGCGCAAAUAUAAAAAUAUCUGUGGGUGCCUCUGAAUGAGUUCUGAAACUGUUUCAGUUCAAAUAUGUGAGGUGUUUGCGGGUGAAUCUCAUGAUUGUCCGGGACACAUUUUUAUGGAAGCCAGUUUACACCACGAAAUAAAAGUAAAAAAUUUAAUUGCAACCUUUUAUCUAACAAUUCUGACUUGAUAUGCAA